GUUUCCUCCUCCCCUCCCCCCCAUGUGAGGCCUGUGUAUACACACCGGGCAUAGUAAAUGGCCGUCCUAUGAGCCCGGUCCCGGUUCCUGUGUGUAUCGCUCGUCCUCUUCCGCUCCCGCCUCUCCCCGCCCGCUGACAGUCAUGCGUGAUUACGAUGAGGCGAUCUCUUUCCUUGGAGAGUGGGGUCCCUUCCAGCUCACCAUCUUCUUCCUUCUUAGUGCCAGUAUCAUCCCCAAUGGCUUCACCGGGCUCUCCGCCGUGUUCCUGGCAGCCACCCCUGAGCACCGGUGCCGUGUACCGGAAAAUGCCAACCUGAGCCUGGCAUGGAGGAAUGUCAGCAUCCCCUGGGAGGAGAAGGAUGGGGCUCUGGUACAGAGCAGGUGCUGGAGAUACAAGCUGGACACCCUGAGGAACUUCUCUGAUGUGGGGCUUCUUCCUGGACUACAUAUCAAUGUCAGUGACUUAGAGAAGGAGAAGUGUCUGGAUGGAUGGGACUAUGACAAGGACAUCUAUCACUCCACUGUCAUCACUGAGUGGGACUUGAUCUGUGAAAAUGACUGGAAAGGACCAUUAACUACCUCACUUUUCUUUUUGGGAGUUCUCAUUGGUUCAUUUGUGUCAGGACAGAUGUCAGACAGGUUUGGAAGGAAAAGGGUCUUGUUUGUUACCAUGGCUGUUCAGACUGGAUUCAGCAUAGUACAAGUCUUCUCCAUCAAUUGGGAGAUGUUUGCAGUCUUAUUCCUCAUUGUUGGCAUGGGACAGAUUUCCAAUUAUGUGGCAGCUUUCAUACUUGGUGCAGAAAUACUAGGCAAGUCCGUGCGCAUUAUAUUCUCCACGCUGGGAGUGUGCAUAUUCUAUGCCAUUGGAUACAUGCUACUGCCACUUAUAGCAUUCUUCAUUAGAGAUUGGCGGAUGCUUCUGCUGGCCCUCACUAUUCCUGGAUUGUUCUGCAUUCCUCUGUGGUGGAUUAUCCCAGAGUCACCACGAUGGCUGAUAUCUCAAGGCAGAAUUGCAGAGGCUGAAAAUAUAAUAAGGAAAGCAGCCAAGAAAAAUGGUAUAACGGCACCAGAAAUAAUAUUCAGUGUAUCUGAGCUGCAGGAUGUGAAGGACCAGUCUCACAAGCCUUACACCUUUUUGGACCUCAUUAAAACAACGAAUAUCCGUAUUGUGACAUUUCUAUCAAUUUUUCUCUGGAUGAUUAUAUCUGUAGGAUAUUUUGGAUUAUCACUAAAUACUCCUAAUUUGCAUGGUGACCCUUACAUAAAUUGUUUCCUGUCUGCUAUCAUUGAAGUCCCUGCAUAUGUCAUAGCAUGGGUGCUGCUCCGAAGCUUCUCUCGCAGAUACUCCACGUCAAGCACACUGUUUCUUGGGGGUGUGGUUCUUCUUUUAAUCCAGCUUGUGCCUCAAGAGUUGAACAUCUUGUCCAUUGUACUGGUCAUGCUUGGGAAAUUUGGUAUAACGGCAGCAUUCUCCAUGGUAUACGUGUAUACUGCUGAGCUCUACCCUACAGUAGUAAGGAACAUGGGAAUUGGGGCCAGUUCUAUGGCAUCCAGAUUGGGCAGCAUUCUAUCCCCCUAUUUUGUUUACCUUGGUGCCUAUGAUAGACAUCUUCCUUUUGUCCUGAUGGGCAGUCUAACAGUUCUUGUGGGCAUUUUUUCCCUCUUCCUCCCAGAGACAAAUGGCAUGCCUUUGCCGGAUACGAUUGAGGAGAUGCUCAGAGUGAAAGGGUUUAAGUACAAAAGAGGAAUUCCUGUUUCAAAGCAGAAAAAUGGAAAUAUGAAAGUCCUUUCAAACACUGCAUUAUAAAACUUCGAGCAGUCUUCCUUCCUACAUGUAUGGGCUUAUUUAUUUGAUGAGUUUCUCUGUGGAUAUGCACAGCUUUCUGUUGACUGUUAUCCAACAAAAACUGUAAGAAACCAACACUACUGACAGUGCCUUCAGCUCUUCCAGAAGGUUCAUGGUUUGGAUUGUUUUCAUAAGUCCCUUAUAAAAGUCAAGAUUUGGACCUAUUAUACUAUGAAUGAAAAGCUGCUAGGGCUAAGCUAUCAGUUAUACUUCCAUGAUCAGUUCCGCAAUGACCAUUAUGUUCCUCUUGCACCUGGAAAAAAGCAGUCAGUCAACCAUGAGGAACAUAAUUUAAUCAAUAAGGUACGACUGCUUCAAACUGAUGAAUGUACAAUGAAUGUAUUUCAAUGACUACAUUUUCAUUGUGUUGGAAAGUAUUUUAUUUUAUAUGAUUAGUAUGUGUGAAAUGGUUUGUACACGCCAAUAACUUAUUGGAGUUCUGGUUUCAGUUUGGUUGUCUGGGAUUUUUAGCGGGAAUAAGCAUCCACCUGGAUGUUUGAUUCCUGUGUUAGUAACUGUAUGGACAUCUUGUACUGUUGAUUUCAAGCAGGGCUCGUUCUGUAAAGAAACUGGUUGACCAAUUAUCAAGCUAAACCAUCUGGAAUAAGCACUUGAAUCCCAGGGUUUUUUUUCUCCCUAAAUCCCAGUGUCACCCGAGUAUUUUGUAGUUCACCCUAAUGUAUUGUAUGUCUUUUUUUGGGACAAAGAGAACUCUUAUUUGGUAGCAAUUUUGAAUGCAUAUAUAAUUUUCCUAGACUCAUUCAAAAGAAAUUACGAAAAAUAUACCCAGAUAUGUAUAUUAAAAUAUAACCAACAACUUUUGCCAAUUAAAAUAUCAAUUUUUUUUUAUUAUACAACAGUUGACUGGUAAAAGCCAAAGUAAACAUUUGCCUUUAGGAGAGCUUUAUUCCCCUUUUGAUGGUACAUUGGGACACCCAAAGAAAACAUUGGCUUGGUAAAUGGUUAGCAUCAUGUUAAGAUAAGAUCAAGUUGGAUUAGCAAGGAUGCAUUAGCAUGUUGACAACUUUUUCACCGGUUUGCGCUUGCAGAUAAUCUGAAUGGCAUUGCGUUCACUUAUACAAGCAUUUGACACGUGUGUAUAUUACACACAAGAGUAAUGGAAAUAGUCCAACAUGAUUGGUUGGACCUGGGGAUUAUUCUGAAUUGUGUCUCAACUGACCUGACCAGGCCCCUUAUUCAGCUGUGUAGUAACAGAACACAUCUAAUAGUAAUCUAUAUAAUUGACUACAAUGGAAGUGAUCUUCUGCUGCAGGGCGAGGUGUUUCAGCCGUGUCCAAGCCUCUAUACAAGGAGGUGCUGUGACACCACUUGUGAUGUUACAUCCCUUCUAGUGCAAACACAAUACAGAAGCUCAUCCAGUCAGAGUCUUCCAAGAGUUUUCAGCUCUAUUCUAUAGUCUCCUAAUGGACAGAGGAUGUGGUCUCCCAGUUUUAAAAAAAAAUACAUUAAAAAUAUGUACCUGA